CCGUGGAUUUUCCUAUGGUGCCGGCAACCGUCGCUGCGCCAACAUGGCCAUGGAGAAAGGGGUGAUGGAGAUGGGGCGCUAUUGGGUGUGGCUGCUGGCGGCGUUGCAGGCGAUAUCGAUAUAUGGAGCAGAAUUAUCAUCAGAGGCAUGCAGAGAGCUUGGCUUUUCCAGUAACUUGCUGUGCAGUUCUUGUGACCUUCUUGGCCAGUUUGGCUUGAAUCAGCUGGAUCCCUUCUGCAGAAAGUGCUGCCAAGAAGAAGUUCAGUCUGAAACUAGAAAGCUCUAUUCGGGGGCAAUUCUUGAAGUUUGUGGAUGAAAAUUAGGGAGGUUCCCUCAGGUUCAGGCUUUUGUCAGGAGUGACAAGCCUAAACUGUUUAGGGGACUGCAGAUUAAGUAUGUACGUGGGUCUGACCCUGUACUGAAGCUCUUGGACGACAGCGGGAACAUUGCUGAAGAACUGAGCAUCCUCAAAUGGAACACCGACAGUGUCGAAGAAUUCCUAAGCGAAAAACUAGAGCGCCUCUAAAAAAAAAAAUGCUUUUUUUUAUAAAGUCUUUAUUUCGCUCAUCAUUUUUCAUCAUGGUAAUCUUCUCAAACAAAGUGUGAUAAAACCCCGGAAAUCAUUCCAGCUUCUGCAUCAAUUUUAAAACUAUCUGGUAUGGUGUGGUACUUCAGCAUCUUUUAAUUAGAAGCAGAAGCUUCAUGCACAACACAUUUGACAAAUUGGCAGCUGAACAAAUGGCCUGUCCUGGUACAUUUCAGCUCAUCUUAGUGGAUGGAGAUUAUUAAUGAAGUGCUUUGAGACAAAUGUAAUGCAAAUACUGAAAUUUGUUAUAAUUUGGCCUUUUUUUCUUUUUAUGCCAGCAAGCCUAUUUGUCAACUCCCAAUAAUUGAGAUGAUUGCUGUGCUUUUUUUAUACACUGCCACUCUUUGUACAGUGAUGGGAACUUGGAACCAAAUAAGAAGUACUCUGCCUCCCAAAGAGAUCUCUGCUAAUAUCCUCUGCAUUUUGUAUUUUCCAGCUGUCCUUUUUAUAAAAUUGUUAUUUACAAUAUUCAUAAUUAAUGCCUGCUCUCAAAGGAAAAAAAUGUAGUUUUGUUCUGAUGGAGGAACUCAUGAUCUGGAGUUGCUUAGAGAACUUUAGGAAAAUGCACUUUAAUGAUGAUUACAUAGAAAGCCUUUAACAAAAGGCAUGUGUAGGUCUGAUGUCAGGUGUACUUUUGUUAAAAGUUUUUACUUUCAUGCUUCAGACAUGAGCUCACUGGAGAGAAAAGUGAUGGAGAGGGCAAUAAACUACUUCACAAGAUAUGUAUCAAA